AUGCUGACGCUUAACGCCACAGCUCAGGUGGUCCACGGUGUGGCGCUCUCCAGGGACAAGACAGGAGUGACUGAUAAGAUAUCUGCUGCCAACUACAUGGUUUCUGUCCUCUUUGGCUACACCACACUAAUCCACAUGACAGGGGUGUGUCAGCCAGAUAUCCAGGGCUUGGCCAUCAAAGUCAAAACCAGCUCUGUGAUUCAGCAGAUUAUAUCUGGAAAAUGGAAUUACAACCUGACCAUGAAGGCCUACACCAACGCUGACCGCAUCAAGGCUAACCUUAACCCAAGCACCGACAUCCAACUGGACGAGAAAAUCUGGGUGGAGCUUAAGACCGAUGGGCUGGAUAAAAGAAUGGUUGUUGUGGUGACUGACUCCUGCUGGGUAACCGAUCAGCCUUCGCUGAAGGGAAGCCUGAGAUAUGACCUCAUUAUCAAAGGCUGCCCUUACCCUGCUGACCAGACUUUGAAAGUGGAGGGCAAUGGGCUGGGAACGUUCAACAACUUCUCUUUCAACACGUUCCAGUUCUAUGAAAGCUGCCAGAUCUCAGCAGCUCCUCCUCUCUCUCUAAUGAUGGAGGGAUUUGAACUGUGCUUUCCACAGCUUAACUCCUCCUGCAGGAAGCUAAAGCAUUCUCAUUCUGAAACUGUGUUUAUUUACAUCGGGCUGUCCUUCAUCACUCUGCUCACUGUGACUCUUAACUUGCUGGUCAUUAUCUCCAUCUCCCACUUCAGGCAGCUCCAAACACCCACCAACCUCCUCCUCCUCUCUCUGGCUGUCUCCGAUUUCUUUGUGGGUCUCCUCGUGUUUUUUCAAAUUAUACUCAUAGACGGCUGCUGGUUCCUCAGUGACUUCAUGUGUGUUGUGUAUUUGGAUCUUUCAUACAUUAUUACCUCUGCAUCAGUAGGAAACAUGGUGCUCAUAUCAGUUGACCGAUAUGUGGCUAUUUGUGAUCCUCUGCAUUACUCAAACAUAGUCACUGUGAGAAGAGUUACAAUCUGUAUUUGCCUUUGUUGGAUCUGUUCUGUUCUGUACAACAGUCUCAUAUUGAAGGAUAACUUGAAUCAUCCAGGCAUGUAUAAUUCCUGCUCAGGAGAGUGUGUGGUUGUCAUUAGUUACAUAGCAGGAGUGGCUGACCUUAUUUUUACAUUUACAGUUCCUGUCACUGUUAUCAUAGUUCUGUAUAUGAAAGUGUUUGUAGUGGCUGUGUCUCAGGCUCGUGCCAUGCGGUCUCAUAUUGCAGCUGUCACACUUCAGUUUUCAUUCAAAGUAACUGCUAAGAAAUCCGAGAUGAAAGCAGCCAGGACUCUCGGUGUUGUUGUAGUUGUGUUUCUAAUAUGUCUCUGCCCAUAUUAUUGUACCGUCCUUACAGGCCAGGAUAACUUGGUCAAUGCUUCAUCUGCUGUCUUAGUGAUAUGUCUCUCAUAUUUCAACUCCUGUCUAAACCCUGUGAUCUAUGCCUUUUUCUAUCCUUGGUUUAGAAAAUCUAUUAAAGUCAUUGUUACUCUUCAAAUACUGAAUCCUGGCUCCUGUGAAACCAACAUGCUGUAA